GUUAAUCUCAGCAAACCGGAAGUAAACACAUACGUCACGUGACAAUUAAGGAUGAAGGGCAGAUCGUUUAUAGAAAAAAUGGGCCACACGCCUGAUUUUUAUUAUUGUUAAAAGUGUAAUUUUUGUAUAGCAAAAUAUAUCAUAUACCUCUAAUACUGUUUUUAAAAAUACUUACAUAUUUAUUUUUAGAUAGUUACACUUUCUAAUUAUAAGAUAUGACCGAGUUGAGAUAACCACCAGAGUGAGGCAUUGUCUUCUACAUGUUCCGGUAGUCACGCUAAAAGCCGGUGAACCAGCGCACAAUGCGGCUGUGCAGGCUCCCAAAAUCUAUAGUUUUUAUGCCGUUUUAAACCCUAAGUUAUCGAUUGCCUUGUGUACACUAACACAUACAGGGUCAUAGUUCAUAAGUGGAUACAAACAUUCCCCAAACAGCGUAAUUUUGGUGUAUUUAUUGACAACUAACCAUCAUUGUCUGUUGGGCUGCUGAGAAGAACUGAACUCUUCAUAGACUUUGCCUGUUGUGACCUGAGUGAAUUUUACUGAUAUGGCUGCUAAUGCUCCAGCCUUCCAGAGGAAGGCCAUCAUUGCUGAGCUAGAGAAGGAGAGGAGACGACUCAUCCAGACCAGCCAGUCCAUGAACACCCCUGGGGCUAGCAUUUCUCUUUCAAGACCCAUGAAAGAAUUCAGGGACAAUGCAGAGCAACAGCAUUUUGCAGCACAACAAAAAGCUGCUUUACAGCAUGCACAUACACACUCGACUGGCUUUUUCAUCACUCAGGAUUCGUCUUUUGGCAACCUUAUCCUCCCUGUCAUCCCACGACUUGAGCCCCAUUCGUGACCUUUUACCUUUGCUGUAGGAUAUAUGAACUGUGCUUACAGAUCUUACACAAAUUAUCAAUGUCUCCUUUAAUCUUGUCUUUUAAGGCAUUUAUUGUCAUAUUAUGAACAUUCUCAGGGGAGUAAUGUGUCAUUUAAUUUUGUUGAACAUUUGAAUUGCUGGUUUAGAUAAAUAUGUACCAUCAAGGUUACAAUAUAAAUGCCCCACAAUAAUUAGAGAUGGAGUGUACGUGUAAAUGUUGUCACCAAUCACAAUUACCCUGAACUGUACAUUUUGGCAUUUUUACAUUCUUAUUCAUUUGUAAUCAUAUUUGAAUAAUAAAAAUGUUCAACACGA